AUGCGCACAGUCAAACUACUCAUCAGUGCCGGAGCUGACCUCUCCCCGUGCGAUAGCGAUGGUGAAACAGCUCUAGUCCAUGCCAUUCGUGCUCGGAAAAGAGCCGUGGCCUCCACUGCUUGUCGAAGCUGGGGCGGAUACGAGAGCCAGGUGGAACAUGGGCGGACUCUCUUGGAAAUAGCCGCCCGGCGGAAUCACUGCCAAAUAUUAUGGAUUCUCUUGGGCGCUGGAGCUGCUGUCUCUGCCCAGUGUGAUGGUUGGAAUCACCGCGCGCUACAUGCCGCAGCAGAACGAGGUCAUGAGGCAGCAGUUCGUAUUCUGCUUGAUUCCGGGGCCGAUGUAAGCUCUGUGCAAAGCGAUGGAUCGAGUGUGCUGCAUUCCGCUGUCAAGGGUGGCAAUAAAAUUAUCAUCCGAAUGCUCUUGGACACUGGCGCGGACCUAUCUGCUUGGAGGGCACACGGUGCUCCAAUGGGCAAUUCAGGUACUUCCCAAUUCGCCAGCAAUAAUGCCGCUCAUCCAGCUAUUCAUCAACUCCGGAAUUGA